AUGUCUACGUCUGACUCGCUCCUCUCCUCUUCUUUCACUUUUCUUCGGUCUGUGGUGGCCCUCGCCACGUUUCCUCUCGUCAUUAUGCACCCCACCCUCCUUCGCCCCCACCACCGUCGCCAAUGUCAGCCUAGUUCGCCCACGGGUACAAGUCCUAAUGUUUCGUGCCAUGACACUGACAAUACCGACGACACUGAUGAUUCCGACAACUCUGAUCCGCUUCGCUUGGAAGUCAUCGAUAUCAACGAAGAAACCUGCAGCACAUCUAUUCUUAUCUGGGCCGACGAGAUGAGUACCACCCUUGAGGAGGUAUCUGCCCCUUCCGUGGAACUUGAUUCGAGAUUUGAGAGCGAAAUGGAUUCCACGAACGUUAUCCUGGAGUCCAUUGUUCUUCCUGUCCUGAGCCAGUCUCUUCUCACUCAUCAAGGGAAUCUAUCUCCUCCCUCAGAUGAUCGCUUCCGGCUCUCCCGCGGCGUAGACCCUCCCUUCAAAAACACACCCAACAAUGCCUUCAACUUCCCCUUCCGCGUUCCUCACAGCAAAUCAUGCGCUCCACGCCAAAUGACCAGUAAUCAAGGUGAUUCAGGAUCAUACAGUCAAUAUCUCAAUCGAUGA